AUGCAUAGAAGACAGCUAAUUACCAAUAUUAUUGAGAUACUUGUGCUUGUCACAAUAGUCACAGUUUUUUCGAUAAUAGCAGUUAAUAUUAUUGAGAAUUGGAAUGAAAGUGAAGUUCCCCCUACAGAAGAUGAUAAUAGCAAAAAAGAGUAAUAUUUUCUUCCAUAGGAGGAAAAGCAGGAUGAA